AUGGGGAACCUACCGCAGCAGCUGGCCCUGCUUGGGGCACUGAUGCUGUCGGGGGAGCAGGGCGGGCUCUGUGUGAACCAGGAGGAGCGGCUCAUCCACCACCUCUUCAUCGAGAAAGGCUAUGACAAAGACUUGCGUCCCGUCGUCUCCACCAAUGAGGUCGUGGACAUCUACCUGGCCCUCACCCUCUCCAACCUCAUCUCACUGAAAGAGGUGGACGAGACACUCACCACUAACCUAUGGCUCGAGCACGGCUGGACCGAUUACCGCCUGCAGUGGAACAAGUCCGAGUUUGGGGACAUCGAGGUGCUCCGCUUGCCGCCAGACAUGCUGUGGCUGCCUGAGAUAGUCCUGGAGAACAACAAUGACGGGAAUUUCGAGAUCGCCUACUACUGCAACAUCCUCAUCUACAACACAAACACAGGUUAUGUCUACUGGCUGCCACCUGCCAUCUUCCGCAGCACCUGCGACAUCAACGUCGACUUCUUCCCCUUUGACUGGCAGAACUGCUCCCUCAAAUUCAGGUCACUGGCAUACAGUGCCCUGGAGAUCAACAUGCACUUGAAGAUGGAUGCUGACCCAGACACGGGCAAGGAAUACCCAGUGGAGUGGAUCAUCAUCGAUCCUGAAGGCUUCACAGAGAAUGGGGAAUGGGAAAUCAUCCAUCGCCCAGCCCGCAAGAACAUCUACCCUGACAUUCCUCCUGACACCAGUGAGCAUCAGGACAUCACCUUCUACCUCAUCAUCAAGCGCAAGCCGCUCUUCUAUGUCAUCAACAUCGUCACACCUUGCAUCCUUAUCGCCUUUAUGGUCAUCCUUGUCUUCUACCUGCCUGCUGACAGUGGUGAGAAGAUGACCCUGGUGAUCUCAGUGCUCCUGGCCCAGUCUGUCUUCCUCCUGCUCAUCUCCCAGCGCCUGCCUGCCACUUCCCAUGCCAUCCCCCUCAUUGGCAAGUAUCUGCUAUUUAUCAUGCUGCUGGUGACGGCUGUGGUGAUCAUCUGCGUCAUAGUCCUCAACUUCCACUUCCGCACCCCAAGCACCCACAUCAUGUCACACUGGAUCAAAGAGGUCUUCCUGGAGACCCUGCCUCGGCUGCUGGGCAUGACACAGCCAGCUGAGAGCCCGGCAGGUGCCCCGUGCAUCCGGCGCUGCAGCUCGGCUGGCUACAUCGCCAAGGCAGAGGAGUACUUCAGUGUCAAGUCCCGCAGCGAGCUCAUGUUCGAGAAGCAGUCGGAGCGGCAUGGGCUGACCAGCCGCGCAUCCCCCCUGCGUUUGGCGCCGCUGAGCGCGGACACAGGCGAGGAGCAGCUCUACGAGCACAUAAAACCCGUCAUUGACAAUGCCAACUACAUUGUAAAGUACAUGCGGGACCAAAGCAGCUACGAUGAGGAGGUUGACAACUGGAACCGCGUGGCCCGGACCCUGGACCGCCUCUGCCUCUUCCUCAUUACCCCCAUGCUGGUGUUGGGCACCCUCUGGAUCUUCCUCAUGGGCAUCUACAACCACCCACCACCGCUGCCUUUUGCUGGAGACCCCUACAACUACCGGGAGGAGAACAAGCGCUUCAUCUAG